GAAAUCAGUGGCCUUUGCAGAACUUCUCAAAAAGGGUUUGGAGUAAUUCUUGAAGGGGUUUGAAUUUCCGGUUGUGAAGAAAUAAAUAAAGAGAAAUGAGUUGAAGAAGGUAUCGAGAGGAAUUUUAGGUACAGAGAAGAAGAUAAGAAUAGAAAGAAGCAGCAGCAGUAGAAGAAGAAGAAGAAGAAGGUGAUAACGAUGUUGACAUGUAUUACGUGCUCAAAGCAAAGAAUUGAAGAGGGUGAAGAUGAAGGCUCGCGUGGGACUCCCGCCGUCAAAAGCCUGACUACACAGAUCAAGGAUAUGGCAUUGAAGGUUUCAGGAGCUUUACAAUGCAAGCCUGGGACUGGAGAUGGCAGUUACAAGAAAGGACGUAGACCAUAUCCCGAAUUCGAUACUAUUUCAGAGGGUGUUCCAUACCCUCUUGUGCAGCCAGGAAGUUCAACUUCUACUCCAGCUUGGGACUUUACGAGCACUGGACAUCAUGCUGCUCGACCAGACUCGAGACCUGGUCGACUGGAAUCUGUUUCAGCCCAGUCUGGUUUAUUGCUUGUACAAGAUGAAGAUGAACCAAAAGAGUGGAUGGCACAGGUGGAGCCUGGUGUUCAAAUUACCUUUGUCUCUCUCCCGUGUGGCGGGAACGACCUUAAACGGAUACGCUUUAGCCGGGAGAUGUUCAAUAAAUGGCAAGCUCAGAGAUGGUGGGGUGAAAAUUAUGAUAGAAUAAUGGAGCUCUACAAUGUUCAGAGAUUUAACCAGCAAGCUCUCAACACUCCCGGAAGAUCUGAGGACGGAAGUGAGAGAGAUUCUACUUACUCAAAGCUCGGUUCUGCCAUGGAAAGUCCUCGGAUGACUCCAUUCAACAAAGAAUGGACUCCAACUCCAAGGUUCAAACCUCCUGACCAUCUUCAAGUUGCGGCUAAUCAACAUUACAAUCCUGGAUCGAGUGCUUUCACGGCUGGUUGCCCCAAGGGUGAAAUGUCGUCUAUGGAUGCAUCAAGAACAACAACUUCCUCCCGAGAUGAGGCUUCAGUUUCUGUAAGCAAUGCAAGUGACAUUGAAUCGGAAUGGAUAGAACAGGAUGGACCUGGGGUUUUUAUUACCAUUAGGCAACUGGCUGAUGGCACUAGGGAGCUCCGGCGUGUCAGAUUUAGCCGUGAAAGAUUUGGCGAAGUGCAUGCAAAGCUCUGGUGGGAAACUAACCGGGAGAGAAUACAAGCUCAGUACCUGUGAUACUAUGUAAUGUAAAGCUCAAACUCCAUGGAUAUGGAACCGUUCCCUUUUUUACAUCCGGGCUUGCAGAAUGGAGACUUGAGGCAGUGGAUUCACCAGCAUCGUGCUAAAACGACUAAGCCAAAAUCCGACUCUAUAGCAUUGUUAAGUUACAAAGUAUUCAGACAGAUAUUUCAUUCUGAUAUGCUGUUUUUUCUUGAUCAUUAGUUAUUUAUAGUCUAUACCAUGAUUUUGAAAAUUCUUUCUAGUCCUUGUUUUCCCUUGUUUCUUUUCCUGAUCCUCAUCUGAUGGAAUCAUUUAUAUCUCAGUU